AUGAGCUCCCGCGAUCGCAAACUCCGGAAUAUCCCCAUGUUCCCCAAAUCCCCCAUCGCCACGCCGCCCCGCGCGGCCCUGCAGGGUCAGGGCCGCUCCCGCAGCGGCUCGGUCUCCAACAACGCAGCAACAAAUUCACGCCCCUCCAGCCCCGAACCCCCCACCUCACAACCACCCUCGCAACCACCCUCGCAACCACCCUCGCAACCACCCUCACAACCUACAUCCACCUCCCCCAGCGCCGCGCCCGCUCGUAACCCCUCCACCAAAUCCACCACCGUCGACAAAGAUGACCGCAUCGCGCACCUCGAAGCCGACGCCGCGGUCAUGGAAGGCACAUUCGUGCAGGAGCUCGAGCACCUCUCUGCCAAGCUGGGCCACCAGGCUGAAGUCGCCCACUUCUGGCAGCUAAAAUACAGCAGUCUACAUGUCGCACACGGGGCUCUCGAGGUGCGUCUUGCGGACUGUAGGGCUGAGAUAGAGGAGCGCGCGCGCGAGCUAGACGAGCGGGAGGAUCGCGAGAGGGACUCCACAACGCGCAUAUCGAGCUUGCUGAUUGAGCGCGAGGCGCUACGCGAGGGGUUUGCAGGAGCGCGGCGCGAGGCACAAGGCAGAGAGUCGGAGGUGGAGGGGCUGCGAGCGCAUGUGCGGGGGCUGAAGGAGUUCGUCUCGACGAGUGGGAGGUCGGAGGGGCAGGUCACGGAUGAGGUUAUCCCGGAAGGCUUCUCGGCACUCGGGAGCGGGCUGCAGAAUUGGGUGUUGAGGAAUUUUAGGCGGGCGAAGAUGGAUGUUAAGGGGGCAGGCGAGGGGACGAGGGAGAAGCUUGAGGAGCUGUGUCCGUUGUGGGAGGGGCUUGCGGGGACGGCGAAGGUGCAUCUUAUACAGAGUAUUGUGUCGAUGCUGCUUGUGAAACGGGUGUUUCAGAGGUACUUCGUCGGACUGCCUGAAGAAAGGGAGAAGGAAUUGAUAGGGUUCGAAGCAUGGUUGGCAACGACAUCAGGGAAUGGAGGGGACAUGAACCAGUGGCGCUCGUCUACAUUAGGGCUCAUUAAUAAAAAGGGCUCGCUGGAUAAUCUACGCGUUAAGACGGAAGAGGUUGCGGCAUCUGUGGUUAGAGAAGCCAUGGCUAUUUUAGAGGAUAUUACGGAUGUUCUGCAGGACGGGGGGAGGGAAGUGGCAUUGCGAGCACUGGUCGUCGAGGCCAUUACCCUAUCGAGGAUGCUCAGGGUGCAGAAGGCGAGUUUUAAGCUAAUCAUGACGGUUGUUGAAGGCCAUCAGAUCAAUAUAUUCGAUGCCGAAACCAUGGAUGAUAUAGGUGGGGAGGACGAAGAGACAUUAGAAGGUAGAGAUAUCCUCUGCAUGACGUUUCCUGGGAUCCUGAAAGAGGGAGAUGAGAAUGGACAGCGCAUGCAGCUUCGGAAUAUCAUUGCUAGAGCGAAGGUUCUCUGCUCACCAGACUAA